AGUGCACGGUGUGGCCACGGCUGAACCAGUUACCCAGCCAUACAGCAGCAGAAGGGAAAGCAAAAAAACAACGAAGAAAAAAGCAGCAAAAAGUCACUUCUCGGACAAGCAAAUCACAAGAUAACAGAGAGAGGCACAAUCCAAGCAAGCAAGGCAGCAGAGCAAAAGUGUAGGAAAAGUUUGAGCGGCCGCCACCCUAAAAAGAAAAAAAAAAAACACCCCCUCACGUCAGAAGUGCCCGUGUGAUUCACGAGUUUUGUUUUCACGCCCGCAGCAUAACCAAUUAACAGCAGUGACGAAACGAGUUCGAAAGGCGUGUUAAUCCUCCCGGGAAAGCUAAAAUUCCCCAUAGCGGUGUUUGUUUUGUGUUGUUUUUUUCGGAGCUGUGAAUAGAAACAACGAACCAACCUUAACACAUACAGAUUCACGAACACCAUCACAACGCGCUUGGGGAAAGGAUAUACGUGCUUUUAUAAGCAAAGGCUGCGUGCGUGCACGACCCAACGACUCCACCGCUUCAAUCAACCGCCAAACCCCGCUUCAAACGAUAGUAAUCAAAUUUACCACCCAACCAACACACACACACGCGAAGGCCCAACGCCCAGCAACUCGCAGCAAAGCAACAAGUUCGGCACCGACCGAGUGUAACCAGCACAGCCACUUACGAUGGCCAAGAAAACGUACGAUCUGCUGUUCAAGCUGCUGCUGAUCGGUGAUUCCGGCGUGGGGAAAACCUGCAUCCUGUUCCGCUUUUCCGACGAUGCAUUUACGUCCACCUUUAUCUCCACGAUCGGCAUUGAUUUCAAAAUCAAAACGAUUGAGCUGCGGGGCAAGAAAAUUAAGCUACAAAUAUGGGACACGGCCGGCCAGGAACGGUUUCAUACGAUCACCACCUCCUACUACCGUGGUGCGAUGGGCAUUAUGCUCGUGUACGACAUAACGAACGAGAAAAGUUUUGACAAUAUAGUGAAAUGGUUGCGAAAUAUAGACGAGCACGCUAACGAGGAUGUGGAAAAGAUGAUACUGGGCAACAAAUGCGACAUGGCGGACAAGCGUGCGGUGCGCAAAGAGCGGGGAGAAAAUAUUGCCCGUGAACAUGACAUCCGCUUUAUGGAAACGUCCGCGAAAGCGAACACCAACAUCGAACUAGCGUUCCGCGAGCUUGCCGAAGCAAUACUGGACAAGAUCGCCGGCAAGGAAACGACGGACAACCCGGACCGGGUGGUGGUAAACCGAAGCACCGGCGAGCGGUUACCCGCGUACAAAGCCUGCUGUACGUAGUGUGCUUACUACCUUUUUCCCGGGCUGUUGGGUACUGUCCAUCCCCAUCCUCACCGCACACACUGCGGGAGGUUGAUGGUGGGUGGGUCGGGUUGGGUUGGGUUUUGGGAUUUCGCGAUGCUAGUUUCGCGUUUCGGUGCCGUUCGCUUUUAUCUACGUGUUUUUUUUUUGUUUGUUUGUUGCGUUUUAAGAUUUCGGGCCCACACACACACACACACUCACACUCACACGCAUACAUGUACAGUGGGCCAAACUGAUGAAAUUAGUAGCAGAUAAUAAGUUAGGUAGUGGGAUACAGGCGGGGGUUAGACGAGCAAGAAAUUAUCAUUCGCAUACACACAUUUAAAACACACACACACACACACACACAUACACAGAGAGACACGAUCAGCUAGCGAUAGGGACAAAGCCAAGAAGCGCUCUAAGUAGCUCUCCGAGUAUUGCUUAGUAAUAUCAAGCAGCGUUUACACACGGGUAGGCGUUACCAUGCGUUAUGGGAGAUUCCUACAUGUCUCUUUGCAUGGUUGCACACAAACACACACAACCCGUCGUAACGCUGGAUCGAUACAAAGUAGUGGAAGAGUAGUUGGGUGUUGGUAGUGGAAGCAUCGUCAAAACCAAAACCGCGUGGUAGCAAGCAAGCAUUCUACUCUUCUGUGCUGGUGUAUAAACGGGGGGAAACAAGCUUCCCCUCUCCCCCCCCCCCCCCCGCCCAAAUAAACGUCUCUGCCAUCGUCAUACCAUACUUUUUCGUCCCACCAAACUUUUCACCCCCAACCCCCAAACCUCGACCUGCAAAAAGAUAAGUGGUUUUUUUAUGUGAAUUGAUAAAACAAAAAUCAAACAAACCCCCGGACGCGCGCCCGCUUGCGCUUUAGCUUUAUAAUUACGUUGGUAGCAAAAUGACACUAAGGGAGGGAAAGGCAGGCGGCACACAGAAAUGUUAGUAACAAAUUCGUUCUAAGCAGGAAGGAUCACACUUUUGUGUUUUAAUUAGUCGCAAGACGAGCCUAGGGAGGGUGGAGGAGUGCGAGGAGGAGGACUUCAGUUUAUGAGUUUUAUCUUUCUUUGAAUCCACUGUUUCGUUGACGGCGAUUUGAAGCAGCAACACACAUUUUUAUCCUAACAUCAUACGGCGUUUUUCCUCCCACCCCCGCCCAAAUUCGUUUUUUUUUUUACAGUUUAGCAUGUUAGCAAAAUGUAACUAGUGUAACAAAUUUAUUUCCUUCCUUUCCUCCUUCGCUUGCCGACUUUUCGUUCUACCAUUGUGGUUCGUGUGGAAAGCUAGUUGAGCUAUUGGCGCGUGCCGGUGUACUACUUACGAACCGAGUGAACCGGAAAGGAAGCAAUUACGUUAGCAAAAGCAAGCAUGUGGGGUUGACACAGAAAAUCGAAACAAGCGAGGCGCGAGUUGAAAGCGAAAGGAAAAAAUACACACGCAAAAAUCAACCAGAAAGUAAUCAAAACCAAUCAAAAAACGGCCGUAGCUUUAAGCCACAGCAAACACACACACACACACACACACACACACCUUUUCUUCACAGGCUUUCUUUAGCUGCCGUGCGGAAAUCUGGUGGAUACGUAUCCGCGCAUUAACGUUAUUAAAAGCAAUGAAGGAGUUUUGCAUGUUUUGCUUCCCUCUUCUCGGGGGGCCCGGGAAGGAAAUGAGCAGAAGUGAGCGGAGGGGUGGGUGAAAUAUCGAAAGGAUUAUGAAAAAUAAAGCAUUGAUGUUACUACAGUGGAAAACACACACACACAAAACAAAGGCAUUUUGGCGAAGGAAUACACUGUAGUGGUGAGGUUAAAAUCACUCAGUAACGUGAAUUAAGUCAGUGUGAGUUGAGUUAGAAUCGUGAGUUAAAUCUUACACUCACCUUUUUGAGAGUUAAAUCUCGAGGAAUGAUUUAACUCUCCGUACCGAGAAACGACUCACUGCGUUCAUACUUCGCUCACUACGUUUUACACUCAGUCUUACUUACUUAUCAGGCGUUACAACCGCUUUGCGGUCUUGGCCUUCUGCAGCAAUCCUCGAUACCGCUCUCGGUUUAGUGCCGUCGUCUGCCAAUCCGUUAUCCCGGCCGUUCUGGCGGACGCAUCAACGCCAUCACUCCAUCUCAAUUUGGGCCUACCACGCUUCCUCUGUCCGUGUGGACGGUCUGAAAAGGACUUAACGGGCUGGGUCGUUCGGUGUCAUUCUCAUGACAUGACCAACCCAACGGAACUUGGCGAGUCUAAUGCGCUGCAGGAUAGUGAGAUAGUCGCUCAGCUCGUAGAGCUCGUCAUUGUAGUGUCUCCUCCAUCCAGAAAUGCCUCUGAGUAUCAACCUCUCGAACGCGGCUAAUAGGGCUUCGUCAGUUUUGAACAGAGUCCAUGUCUCAGAGGCGUAUGUGAGUACUGGGACUAUAAAAGUUCUGUACAGUCCCAGCUUCGUCCGUCGCGACAGGUAUUUAGAGUGGAGAAGUUUCCUCAGGCUGUAGUAUGACCGGUUGGCAGCCAGCACCCUUGCGCGUAACUCACCAUCAAUGUUGUUGUCGGUGGGCUGACUUUUGACCCCAGAUAGGUGAAGUUUUGGACGACUUCGAAGGUGCGGUCACCUCUCUGUACAUCACCCCUCGCGUAAAUUAGUGUUUGUUAGCAGGGCCGCUGGUGGUGCCACCAUCAUUUUGGUUUUCGCCUCGUUAAUCUCCAACCCGAGGUUCUGUGCCGCACGCUCGAUCCUUUGAUAAGCUUCUGCUACAUAGGAGAGCCUCAAACCAAUGAGGUCUAUGUCUUCAGCUUAUGCCAGGACUCUGGAUUGACUUAUAGAAGAUGGUCCCCGAAGUUUCCACCUGCGAGUCGCGGAUGGCUCUCUCUAGCGCCAGGUUGAAAAGGAGACAGGCAAGCCAGUUCUCCCUAGCGCAGGCCCUUGGUGGUCCACCUUCACCUGGCAUGUGAUGUUGGCCCUUGUCAUUCUUACAAGCCUGGUAAGCUUGGCCGGGCUUCCAAAAGAGCUCAUUGCGUCGUACAGUUUUACCCUGGCUAAGCCGUCAUAUGCGGCUUUAAAAUCAAUGAAGAGAUUGUAAGAGUGGAGCUGCUGCUCCGUGUUCUUCUCCACGAUUUGCCGCAUCGUGAAGCUCUGGUCAGUGGUUUCAGUGGAAAAUGAUUUCAGCCAAUGCAAUUUGUGUUUGGGAUAAAAAGAAUUUAAUGUGAUCGUUAUUAAACUCAGUGAGUUGAAAGGAAGUGAGUGAUUUAAAACGCAGUGAGUGAGCGGUUAAUCAGCACGGAGAGUUAAAUCAUAAGUGAGGUGAAAUCACUCUUAGUGAUGAUUUGAAUAAUCUCAGUCAUUGCUAAGAUUUAACUCAUUCACCCAUUCUGACUCACUUUGCACAUCAGUACUUAGAAGCCGUAUAGACUCCAGAAAACCAUUUCGGUGGGGUUGAAAUAGGUUCCUGCUUUUGACGUCCUUGAGUUGAUAAAAAGGUGUUCAAGAAACCUCACAUGGGAGGAAAAACCGAUUUGCUGCUUACACAGUGACCCAUUGUUUUAACCUAGCUUUGCCGUGUCGUGUUAAUAAAUUUGCCUUUUCUCGUCGUUGUGGAUGAUGAUAAUCGUCUUCUACUGCAAAACACACUUAAAAAAAACAGGCUAAUACAUAGCUAAUAGAGCCAGAGACCGGAGGAAAGAGAAUGUGUACACCACCCUGUAAAAUAUAUCCAAUAUACAGUGCUUAACACAACUAUACGGGCAGCUCUUGUUUUAAAAUUAAAAAAAAGAAAUAGAACAGAUAGCUUAAAUUGAUGUUCUAGCCCUUAAACCCGUAAACAUGAUUUUUGCACAUGCAAAAUUCCUCCAUAUAACGUAAUUAUACGAACACUUAGGGGAAACUAUUUUUUUCUGCUAUAGUAAUGGCUUUAAAAAUCGUGCAAUAAUACAAGCAGCUUAAAACAACCUUUUUUAACAUCAAUUUAUUUUUGAACUAAUUUACUAAACGUGUUUUUGCUACCUGUCAUACAGUUUUUGGCAUGAAUUUUUUCCAUAUUUUGAUUUUUACUUUUUUCGGUAUCGCAGUCCAGGCAUUUUUAAUAACUUUUUAAAAUAGUGUAUUUGUGUUGAAGAAGUGACAGCCAUAGGCAAUCUUAGAAAUUAAUAGGAGAGGCGUAAUGUUGGCAAAUUUCAGACAUACAUUGCUUUACAGAGCUGCCGAAAAUUUGGAAACUUUAUGUAAAGCUGGUGUAUUAAUGUUACAAAUACUGCUAGACUGACAUACUCAUUUAAGUUUUACUUUUACUAAUACUAUUCACCCACGAAAGUAUUUACUCAUACUAGCAAUACGGCCAGGCCGUUCUUUAUGAAUAAAAAAAAAAAAAAAAAAGUAUUUACUCAUACUCAUACAUAUACUCAGUGCUUCUGAUAGUGAUGCAAAGGGGUAAAAGGUUCAACGAAUUUCCUUUAGAUCCGCCAUGUUUUGGAGCGUUUCUGUGGCUGUUUGUCAAGAAAUGUUCCUAACCGACUUUGACAGUGCCGAUUAAUGAUGCUAUAUUUUUCCAAUAUUUUGUCCAACAUGCUACCUUUCUGGAAAAAAACGGACUGCGUUGAGUUUACUCUUGGCUUCCGAGUUGCUGUACUAGUGAAAAGUAAAGUAUGUUCGAUAUUUGCCAAUUUUUCGCUUUUCUUAUCAAUAUGUUGCACUACUUUUUAGGCAUUGCUUUUUUUUUAAAUACAAAUACAUUAUUUGAAAAACUUACCAAAAAUGCAUUAAGUUAUUAAACAAUUUGAACUCAUACAUGCGAUUUCAACAACUCUAAAAAAUAAAAGUAUGAAGCGGGGCAGCCAAAAAUUUGGAAUAAAGUUACUUAAAAAAUAUAUUAAUAUUAAUAAAAAUUGCCUUAAGCUGCAUCAAUUUUUGCACGAUUACAACAGGGGAGCAAAAUAUUUUCCUUAGAUUUUCGUAUAGUUAUGUUCUAUGUUAUGUGGGAAAUUUUACAUCAGUUUUACAUCAGUUUACAUCUAUAGCAUCAAUUUAAGCUAUCUUUUUUAGUUCUUUUUUAUGUUCAAAAACAAGAGGUGUUAGUACAGUUGUGUGAAGGACUGUAUAUAUGUGUCCCUUUGAUGGAAAGUAUGACAAAAGAAACGUUCGUUUUUGUUCGGUGCUUUAAUCAUUUGUGUAUGAUUACAAUUAAACCAGGCCAGCAAAAAGCAAAAUAAAAUGCGCCCCACGAGCGAUAACGAUCAUUAAUCGCUUGCCAGUAGGCCAGUAAUCAGAAGGUUAGCAGAACGAACUUUGUUCGCUUCAUCGAGACGGACAAACACAAUCAUCAGUACACAAGGCGGAAACAGAGCUUGCGCAGAUGGAUAUGGACUCGAGAAAAGUAACCAGGAAAAUCGUGUCCUACGUGUAUCCUUUUUCUCUAUCCCAAUAUACUUUUGCUCAAACGCGUAAGCCUUGCCUUUGCUUUUUUAAUUGGAAAAUUUAAAAAAAUCUCAUAAUAACACACACGAUGUACAGGAAAUGGUGCAGGAAUAGAGAAAGGAUAGUGUGAGACGCGUGCAAACCAAAAAAAAGCAAAGGAGAAGGAAGUUAAUACAAGCUUGUAUGAUUGUUCUAUAUGUAAUAAUGAUUGUUUUAUGCACGAACCGUUACUUUGCUACCGUGUGAUGCCAAAUUUAGAAAACGAGCGGAAAGAGGAAAACAUGAUUUCAACGAAACCAAAUAAAAAUCUACAAAAUCUGGUUAGAAA